UUGAUUCUAAGCGUAUAUCACUGCACAGAUUUCCAGCAAUCGAAAGAGUGAAAAAAGUUUGGUUGCAACGAUGCAAACUUGUGAUGAAAACAUUUAAGUAUACCAGGAAUAGUUUGUUGUGUUCAGACCAUUUUGCCGACAGGGAAGGACCUUCGCCUAUCAACCCGAUUCCAUCAUGUUUUGGAAGUAAAUCAUUCAGAACUUCGAAACUUGAUGAAAACCAAAAUGAUAUAGAAAAUGAGGUUCCAGAGGUUCUUGAACAAGAAAUUGAAUGCAACAUCAGUUUAAACAGUGAUGAUUCUUUGAGCAGUGCACAGGGGUUUGUUACAUCAGAGUCGGUAUUAGAUACAUCCCUGCGAAUCCAUGACUACUUGGGACAUUCGGAUGUGGAAAGUUACUCAUCAAUAAGAAAUCAGUAUGUUCAGACAAUGCCAUCGAAUAGAACAAUUGGAACUCAAACAGAAGGUGACUCAUUCGUUCGUCGUUUUGUAGAUGCUGACUGUCAGACCAAUGAUGAAACUGUUUGUGUUGAUGCUAGUGCACAGGUAUCCCUCCCCAUACUGACAUAUGAUGACAUCAAAUCAGAUGGACAGAAACUUAUGUUUUAUACCGGCAUUCCAGAUGCAGACACGUUUGAUGCUUUAUUUGAUGAGCUAAGAGAUGAUGCUGAAGAAAGAACAUCUCGAAGUGUUAACGGCAAUGGAACUGGUGGCCGUCCACGCAUCUUACGUGCCAUUGAUGAGUUUUUUAUGGUGCUAAUGCGUUUAAGAUUGGGUCUCUUGUUAGAGGACUUAGCAUUUAGAUUUUGCAUUUCAACCAGCACAUGUGGGGACAUUUUCAACAGGUGGAUUGACUUUUUAGACAGUCAGUUAUCCUUUCUUGUCAUGUGGCCUAGUAGAGAAGCUAUAGAUAGUAAUAUGCCUGAAAUUUUUAAAGAAAAAUUUCCAACAACAAGAGUGGUUAUUGAUGCAACAGAGAUACAGACAGAAACACCUUCAUCAUUACAGUUAAAAUCUCUUAUGUACAGUGACUACAAAUCCCACAUGACCUGGAAAUCUCUGGUAGGAAUAAGCCCAGCUGGAGUUGUGACAUAUGUUUCAGAUCUUUGGUGUGGAAGCAUUAGUGACAAACAGAUCACCAUAGAAAGUGGUUUAGUUGAAAUGUGUGAAGCAGGUGAUGCAAUAAUGGCUGAUAAGGGCUUUACUAUUUCUGAUUUGACUACACCAAGAGGACAUGUCAACCCACAGUUCCUGGUCAAACCAUACCCUCUGAAUUGA